GCUGCGUUUUAUUUUAGUGCGGCCGGGACAUCGUCGGCAGUCCGGCGAUUUAGCGUUUUCGUUCUCGUACAUAGCGAGCGUCAAAGAGCGGCGACACGGUGGGACAAUACUCCGCCGUCGCAGCAGCAAGAAUGCCCCGGAGAAAGAGGACUGCGGGGAGUAGCUCCGACGGGACGGAGGACUCGGAUUUCUCCGCCGACCUCGAUCUGACGGAGGGCUCCGAGAAUGACCACACACAAAACCGGAGGAACACGCGGCUCACCCGAGCCUCCGUCCGCCUCAGCCAGAGCUCCCAAGGUAACUGCAGCCCAGUACAGAGCAGCCCUCCCAAUACUGUGGGUCCAGAGGAGGGAGUGGAAUCAGCAGAAGCAGCACCGGCGUCGGUUUUCUCCUCCGGCCGUAGAAUUACACGCAGCCAGCAAGGGUCGCCAAUCACAGCCGCCAAGAAAUACCCACUGCGCCAGAGCAGGUCGUCCGGCUCCGACACUGAAGUUAAUGAUCUGAAGCAAGACCAGGACGAGACGCCGCCGCGCACUCCAACGGGCAACGCCCCCUCCUCGGAGUCAGACAUCGAGGUUUCCAGCAACGACCUGGUCUCCCCCAGCAACGACCUUGUUGUUUCCCAGGAAGAAGACGAGAGGCUGGCCAAAGAGCUGUCACUCAAAGAGGCCGCCGCCCACGACCUGUCCCACAGGCCAAAGCGACGGCGCUUCCAUGAGAGCUACAACUUCAACAUGAAGUGUCCGACCCCCGGGUGCAAUUCGCUAGGCCAUCUGACGGGGAGACAUGAGAGACAUUUCUCCAUAUCGGGCUGUCCUCUCUACCACAACCUCUCUGCAGAUGAAUGCAAGAUCCAACAUGUCAGGGUGUUGGCGUUUUGUGUCCAGGGCAAGACGUCAUCGCGCGACAAGCAGAUGGAGGAGAGGACGCUGUCACACCGGCAAGACGAGAACAGACACUCCACACGAAGCCAGGUCCCCACAGAGAGGCAGCUGCGUUACAAGGAGAAGGUGACAGAACUGAGACGGAAGAGGAACUCGGGCCUCAGUAAGGAGCAGAAAGAAAAGUAUAUGGAGCACCGUCAGACCCACGGGACGAGCCGCGAGCCCCUCCUGGAGAACAUCACCAGCGACUACGACCUGGAGCUGUUCAGGAAAGCCCAGGACAAGCUUCGUCUGGCCGGUCAGGUGUCCGAGGGCAGCAACAUGAUCAAGACCAUCGUGUUCGGCCGCUACGAGCUGGACACCUGGUACCACUCCCCGUACCCGGAGGAGUACGCCCGCCUGGGGAGGCUCUACAUGUGCGAGUUCUGCCUCAAGUACAUGAAGAGCCAGACCAUCCUGAGACGGCACAUGGCAAAGUGUGUGUGGAAGCACCCGCCAGGUGAUGAGAUCUACAGGAAGGGGAACAUCUCAGUCUUCGAGGUGGACGGCAAAAAGAACAAGAUCUACUGUCAGAACCUGUGCCUCCUGGCCAAACUCUUCCUGGACCACAAGACUCUGUACUACGACGUGGAGCCUUUCCUCUUCUACGUCAUGACAGAGGCAGACAACACGGGCUGUCACCUGGUUGGAUACUUCUCCAAGGAGAAGAACUCUUUCCUGAACUACAACGUGUCCUGUAUCCUCACCAUGCCUCAGUACAUGAGGCAGGGGUAUGGAAAGAUGCUUAUAGACUUCAGUUACCUGCUGUCCAAGGUCGAGGAGAAGGUCGGCUCACCAGAAAGACCUCUGUCUGAUCUUGGCCUCAUCAGCUACCGUAGCUACUGGAAGGAAGUGCUUCUGCGUUAUCUCAACAACUUCCAGGGCAAAGAGAUUUCUAUCAAAGAGAUCAGUCAGGAGACAGCGGUGAAUCCGGUGGACAUCGUCAGCACACUACAGUCUCUCCAGAUGCUCAAAUACUGGAAGGGAAAGCACCUUGUCUUGAAAAGACAGGACCUGAUCAACGACUGGAAAGCCAAGGAGACCAAACGCGGCAACAGCAAGACUAUUGACCCCACAGCCUUAAAAUGGACGCCGCCUAAAGGGACGUAGAACAGCUUCCUCUCAUCCCC